CCCAUCCCUUCCCUCCGCGCUCGGAGCCACCCAGCACACGGUAACCAUGUGUGAUCGAAAGGCUGUGAUCAAGAAUGCGGAUAUGUCUGAAGAGAUGCAGCAAGAUUCAGUGGAGUGUGCCACUCAGGCCCUGGAGAAAUACAACAUUGAGAAGGAUAUUGCAGCUCAUAUAAAGAAGGAGUUUGACAAGAAGUACAACCCCACUUGGCACUGCAUUGUGGGAAGGAACUUUGGCAGCUAUGUGACUCAUGAGACUAAGCACUUCAUCUAUUUCUACCUUGGCCAAGUUGCUAUUCUCCUCUUCAAAUCUGGUUAGAGCACAGACUGUGCUAUCCAAACUUGCAUCCGGUUCCAGGACUGCACACUAACUCCAAAUAGAGACUGAAAUCUUAAGCCUUCCCUGGGGAACACACUUUGCUCUUCAAGCCUUUUGUUGUGGUGGUAAUGGACAGGGACUCCUCUGUACCAGUUUGUUUUCAUUGUUACU